CGCAGUGCUUCUCGCUCAUGCGCACUGGGAACCCGGCUGUGUCAUGCUGAGCGCCCACACUACAGAAGCCGGGAAGACCGCGUGCGGCUGGAUAGAGGAAAAGAGCGGGUACCUAUCAAAUUCAGUCUCUGGUCAUCUCCUGUACUAUGUCCGCAGUCUCUGGUCAUCCCCUGUACUGUGUCCGCAGUCUCUGGUCAUCUCCUGUACUGUGUCCGCAGUCUCUGGUCAUCUCCUGUACUGUGUCCGCAGUCUCUGGUCAUCUCCUGUACUGUGUCGCGCAGUCUCUGGUCAUCUCCUGUACUGUGUCCGCAGUCUCUGGUCAUCUCCUGUACUGUGUCCGCAG